AGGAAGACGCAGUUGCAACCCCAGCUUCAUCUACUGAAGACGACGAAUUAGGCUUUUAAGCUUUGACUGCGAGAUGCUGUUAAAAGGGAUAGCUCUUAUCCUGCUUGGCGUGUGCGCCGCCUCGGCCGACCGGGACCUCGGCAGCUUCGUGGCUGGACGCCCCACCAACCAUGGGGUUCCGGGCGUUCAGACCUUCGGAGGCGUGCCCUCCUUCCAGCGGCCGCAAGUAGACCCGCGACCCCCAAGCUUCCAGCGGCCGCAGGUGGACCCACGGCCUCCAGUCUUCAGCCGAUACGUGCGGUCCACCAGCCACCAGCAACUGCCGCCAAAGAGCGAGCUGCUGAGGCCUUUCCCUCGGCCGGGGGCACCGCAACCGCUCCCCGGGACUCUCCCGCAAGGCAGUGACGGAGACCAGAGGCUCAACAGACCCACUCGCCCAGGUGGUAUUCCUGGCACAGGCGUCGGUCUCCCCGAGCCCCUGCCUGGCCCCCUGCCCCAGGGCCCGCAGACGCUCCCCGCGCCUCUGCCCGGGACGCCCAUCGUCCUCCCGGGAAUCCUACCGGUGAUCCCAGAGACCCUGCCGGCCACGCUCCCGGAGGACAAGGCCGCGCCCCUGCCGCCCAAGUCUCAGCUCACCAAGCCGGCCUCUCACCCUCAGCCCCUUCCAGCUGCUCUCCCUCAGGGCGUCCAGACCCUGCCCGCUGUGCUUCCAGGUCGCCCCCAGACGCUCCCAGCUGACCUGACGGAGGAGAAGACCGCCCCCCUGCCUCCUAAGUCAGAGCUCACCAAGCCGGCCUCUCGCCCUCACCAGACCGAGGACGACGAUGGCUUCGCCCCACUUCCAACGGGCCCUCAGGUCCAGCCCAGACCGCCUCCCGGGGACCUUACCAAGCCCGCCCCCCGACCACCUCGCCCGCAGGUGCAGCCCACGCCCCCGUCAGGCUUUCAGCCCGUGCAGACCCUGCCAGCGGAGCUUCCAUCAGACAAAACAGCGCAGCUUCCUCCCAAAUCGGAGCUUCUGAAGCCCGCCCCCCGACCGCCCCGCCCGCAGGUGGACCCAAGACCCGCCCCGGGACAGCUCACCAAGCCAGCCGCUCAACCCUAGGGCUUCAAGAUGCGUCCCGUUUAACUCUUGUAAAGUCAGCUGCAUGCCGUUACCAAGCAACAGAUUGAUACACGUACUUAAAGAAAAAUAUUAUGUGUCACAGCAGUUGAAUCACACCAGUCAUGAUUUACUUAACUGAAUAUAAAAUGCAAAUAUUGCAGCACUUUUUCCGUUGUUGUAUUUAUAUAGAAUAUAAAAGUAUGAUAACCAAA